AUGUUGUCCUUAAACGAAAUCAAAUUUCCUUCUCAUUGGAAUCUAGUUCCCAAUGAACCUUCGUAUGUCGACUAUGUUUACAGAGAGGGCUUAGAUCUUGGUGUCUGGAGGCCUGACAAUCAGAGAGACAGAAUGGCACACAACAAUGUAGUGUCACUUACUAGAUUUUUUUGGCCAAACGUAGACUUUGAACGCUUGGUAAUGGGUGGUGAACUCAUGCUUUGGUUCUUUACUUUUGACGAUGGUCUAGAUGCCGGUAUAUAUGAUGAUCAAAAGAGUGUUGAUCUAGUACGUAGAAUGGAAAUCGUUUUCAUGGAUGGACCAGAGAAAGUUGCUUUUCGACUACGGAGCAGAUGCUUAGAAAUGUGUGGUAAGCGUCGAGAUACUUUUAAUAGAUUUAUAAGUAGUUGUGUUCAAUGGGUUGAUUCAAUUAUCCCAUUUAAUAAAGUCAAGGAUGGUGGCUCACCACAUAUCGAACUAUAUUCAUUCUUACGAAAGAUUAAUAUUGGAGCAUAUCCUUGUGUAACCUUAACCGAAGUCAUGCUAAAUCAUCAUUUGGAACCAUACAUUUGGUCAGACCCAAGAUGGCUAAAAAUGAACGAAAACAUUGCUAUUGUGGUGACAUUAAUAAACGAUUUGGUUUCCUAUGAAAAAGAAGUGAAUGAUAACGCCGGUGUCUUGAAUCCAUUAUAUUUUUUCCAACACCAAAAUAAUCAAAACCUACCUGAUUCCUACAGAAAGAUGGUCAAUUUAAUCCAUCAGUACGUCAAUGACUAUUUGCACCUCGAGGAAGGAUUUCUUCGAUCGAUGGCACCGUUCCAUGAUGCGUUACAACACCAAGAAGUUCAUUUCAUGCUGGAUCAUCUACAUUAUUUAAUUACCGGUUCAAGAAUGUGGUCAAUGCAAACUCCACGAUAUUGCUCUCCGACUUCACCUUUUAUCGAAAUGCGACCUCCCUCGAAAAGCUAUCUAUAA